UCAGUUGUUAUUCAUUAUGACAUUUUUCGUCUUCACGGAGGCACAGUCGCAUUGUUUAUAGUUUGUCUCUUGCAUCGUGACAGUUUUUGAAUUUCAGCCAUGUCUGGUUCGGUCAAGAAUGUGGUUAUAUUCGGCUCCACGGGAAUGACGGGAUUGGUGACCUUACAGCAGGCAGUCGCAGCAGGCUACAAUGUGACAGUGCUGGUGAGGGAUCCCUCCAGGCUCCCUGCAGACCACAAGGCCUCCAGAGUGGUGGUGGGCGACGUCCUCAACAAGGACGACGUGAAGAAAGCCAUGGAGGGCCAGGACGCGGUCAUCAUCAUACUGGGCACCAGGAAUGACCUCAGUCCCACAACAAUGAUGUCAGAAGGAACCAGGAACAUUUUGGAGGCCAUGAGAGCUCGUGGGAUUCAAAAAGUAAUUGCCUGCAUGUCUGCCUUCCUUCUGUGGGACCGUGCCAAAGUGCCGCCCCGCCUCCUGCCUGUCACCGAGGACCACGAGCGGAUGUACAUCGUGCUGAAGGAGUCGGGGCUGAGCUACGUGGCUGUGAUGCCCCCUCAUAUCGCUGACGAGCAGCCCCUAACUGAGAAGUACACCGCCACUGAGGGCAUGCUGAAGGGACGUGUCAUCUCCAAGUUUGACCUGGGCCACUUCUUUGUCAAGUGUCUUUCCACAUCUGAGUGGGACGGGAAGACAGUGGGAGUUUCUGGAGUGUACAGUUAAUCCCGGCCAGCCGUAUCUGUUCAAAACAACACCGGUCAAUAGAUUUGGCCUGUUGUGUUGUUGCAGGCUUGGUAAAGUCUGCUGGUAAUUGCUUCCCUCAGUGCAUUUCUACUCCUUUUUAGAAUCUAACAGUUCACAACUAUAUAAUUCUAAAUACAUAAUGUAUUCUGUCCCAGUGUGUUAGUGUAGAGCUACAUUAUAACUGGUUUUAAACAUUUUAAUAUAUGUCCAACUGCAUAUAAAACUGCAUUGCUUUUUGCUGUCCAAUUUUCGAUUAUACUUACAUUGCCUUGAACAUUUUGAAGGCAGGAAAUGAUUAUUGUGAUAUGAUUAAUACCUUGGUCAUCAAUGCAUUGGAAAUGUUAGAUACUAAAUGUUUUUCAAUAUCAUGAAUAAAAUCUUACCUAUUUUGUCA